CACAAACAGGAAGGAAAGGAACACAUACUAAAACUGUUUCCGGGUCAAGAAAGUAAGCAGACAAACACGUGAAUUUUCAAACUUUAAAAAGCAACCCUUACGUCUGUUCAUGUGGAAAGAGGAAAAUGAAGACAGAUGAUGAGAAGAGUCAAAAGAAUCUUGUAAAGAAAAUGAAGAAACACAAGAAAGAAACCAUAAACUCUGUUAUAGACAAUGAAAGCCCAGCAGAGGUGGAAAGAAAAGAAAAGAAACGCAAAAAAGUAAAGGAAAUUGAUAUUAAACAGGAGCUUUGUGAUGGUAGUGAAAAGGAUGAAAUGACGAAGAAAAAGAAGAAAAGAAAAAUAAUCUGUGACUCUGUUGGCUCCGAUGUCAAAGAUGAAGCAGAAGAAGGAGUCAGCAGAAAGAAAAAAAAGAAACAGCUGGUUAGGGAUGAGAGUCCAGUGGAAACUGUACAGAUUUCAGUAAAUGAAAUGGUAAAAGAAAAGAAAAUGAAGAAUAAGAAAAAAAAAAUGUUUGUAGAAGCCAAACAAGAAUUAGAAGAUAUAAAGAUAGAGUAUGGAGAGAGCGGGAAAAGCGAAGUAUGGAAUGUAACAAAGAUAGCUAAGAAGGAAAAGAAAAAGAUUUUAGCAGCAAGCACAGAGGGUAGUGAGAAAAGUAAAGAGAAGAAAAAGAAGAAAAAACGUUCUCCAGAGGAGGAAACUAAUGAAGCAACAGAGGAAAUAAUUGUAACAAAAAAGACAAAGAAGGUUCAAAGAGCACCAGAUCAGAAUGGGUUGAAAACUGAGAUGACUGAGAAAGACAAAGUGAAAAAGAAAGAAGCCAAAACUGAGCCCAAAUCUGCAACUGAAAAAGAUGAAGUAAAAUGUCAAAAGCUCAAAAACAAGAUGAGCGAAGAGAAGCAGGAAGAUUUAACCAAGGAGGAACUGCAACAGGAUGUCAUUAGUCCAAAAAAGAAAGGUAAGAAAUUAACCAAAGAUCUGAAUAACAUUGUUCUGGAAGGAGACACAGAGCCAAAGAAGGAUGGAAGCAAGAUUAAAAAAGAAAAGAGGAAAAAAGAGCUUGGGGAGAUGGGUGGAGUAGAGGAAGCAGAGCAAAAGAAGAAGAAGAAGAAAAAUGUGAAGUCUAAAGGAGGUAAUGAGGAACCACUAGUAGUUAAAUGUGAAGAAGAGGAGCUGAGACUGUCCAGUGACACAACGAGGAAGAAAAGCAAACAAAAGAAGGGCUCUGCUAAGGUGGAGGAGGUGGUGGAGACAGGUUUGGGAGCCAAACCUGGUACAAAAAAGAGAAAGAAGAUCAAGAAGGAGAAGGAAGACCAAGAGGAAUUAAAAGAAUCCUCUCCAGUGGAUGUGGUCUUCUUGUGUGAGAAGACUGGCAACAGUGAUGAGGUGACCAUCAACCAGGAGAGAAGACAAGCCUUACAAAUGGAAAUUGACAAAGCAUCUCAGCCUCAAAAACCAGCUAAACCCUCGGGUCUUGGUCAGUGGAGCACUGCACAGUUCAGCAGCUCUGAACAGCAGCAGAAGUUUCUCCGUCUGAUGGGUGGCUUCAAAAAAGGCUUUCAGCCAGCUGCUGGGAGCACAGGAAGUGCAAAUAUGGCAAUGGGGAAAGAUGCACAGCAGGAGCUACAGCAAGGGUUGCUGGGAGAGUUCGAGCGUGCUCACUCACGCCGUAUGGACUUCAGCAACAAGGGGGCAGGACUUGGGUACAGCGCACCAUUGAAUAAAAAGUUCUCUAUUGACAUUAAUGCAUGUCGAUCAGUCCGCUUUGAUGACUGAUCUAUGGGAUGUUGUAGGAAACUGAAGAGAUGUUGUUUUUAAGUGUUUUUUUUCUUAAAUGUUUUCACUGAUUCAGUUUUAUAAGGUCCGGUGUAUGUUACUCUUAGUUUGUAUAUUAAUGACUGUCAGUGAAAGUCCACAACACAGUGUCGUCUGUACAUGUUUAUCAAACCUCCUCCUGCCAAAGGAAUGGCACUGUCUAAUGUGAAAGGUCUAAACUGUUGUAGUUUUAUUUGUAGUUAGAUGUAAAGUAAUGACAAUGAAAUAAUUGCUAAUGUCUGUAAGGUGAUUCAAAGGAUAUUAAGAGAUUAUUUUACUACCAAUGGAAACAGAAUCCCUUUGUCCUCAUUUACUACAUCUCACCUUACAUUUUAUUCUUGAAUAAGAAUUUGCAUCAGUCUGGAUAAAAACACAGCCCUGUUGGGUUUUGAUAGUCAUUUUAUUCCAUUCUUUCACAUGGCAUCUGCUGUAAAUGAGCAAAGAAGAAAAAGGUUUACUUAACUUCAAAACAAAAUGGACAGUUUUAAUUCCUGUUGGGCUUAAUGUGCUGGAAAUAAAAGAAAUACUUGACUAUCAUAUUCAACUUCAAUAAUCCAAGCGGGGUAGCUGUGUUGUCAUCUAGAUUAAACACUGGGUUCACCUAGUUACCUUAAUUUUCUGUAAAAACAACUGUGGACAUUUGUUCACAGUAUAUUUAAAAAUACUUUCAUCACAUCAUGGACAAGGUAUAGAAACAUCAGUUUGGCACGUUACAUCACCUCAUGCAGUUAAGACUUGAAGGGCAGCACUUCAGCAUCAAUAAAGCUGCUGCCCUUUCACAUCCUUAGUUACAAAACAGUUUGAGUUUGUCUUUGCACUACACAUUUUCCUUGUCUUCCAAGCCUUGCAGCCAACAAUACUGACCAGUUGUCACUUCUAUGUAUCUGAUCUGUAAAUUGCCAGACUGAGUAGCAUUAUGGAGUGAUCUG